AAACACCCACCCGCGGUUCUUGCUCGCCACCUACUAUCCACCAUUCCUCGCAAGCACAGAGCCACGCCGCGCCAACACCCAAGAACGGCGGCAGCCAGCCAGCUUUCAGGCUCGAGGCUCGGGGCCGGCCGUCUCCAUGGACCGGUCGCUUUCUGCGGGGAGAGGGUACUACUACUCGGCGGCGCCGGUGGGCACGGGCGUGGGCAUGGGCCCGCUCGCCGGCCAGCUCGGCGAGUGGCUGCUCCGCGCCGUGCAGCCGCCGCCGCCCACGCCGUGCGGGUCGCCCGGCGGGCCCCCGGUCACCGCCCCGCGGGUCCGGAUGAGGGACGGCCGGCACCUGGCGUACGAGGAGUCCGGCGUGCCCAAGGAGACCGCCCGGUUCAAGGUCGUCUUCUCCCACGGCUUCACCGGCUCCCGCCUCGACAGCCUCCGCGCGUCGCCGGAGGUGGCCGAGGAGCUUGGCGUGUACAUGGUGGGCUUCGACCGCGCCGGCUACGGCGAGAGCGACCCAAACCCGGGCCGCUCCGUGGAGAGCGCGGCGCAGGACAUGGAGGACCUGGCCGACGCGCUGGGGCUCGGCGACAAGUUCCACGUCGUCGGCUUCUCCCUCGGCUGCCACGCCGUGUGGGGCGCGCUCAGGUACAUCCCGGAGCGGAUCGCCGGGGCCGCCAUGCUGGCGCCGGUGGUGAACUACUGGUGGCCCGGGUUCCCGGCGGAGCUGGCGGCGCGGGAGUACGGCCGGCAGGAGCGCGGCGACCAGUGGGCGCUGCGCGUGGCACACCACGCCCCCGGCAUGAUACACUGGUGGAUGGAGCAGAGCUGGCUGCCCCUGCCCACCUCCACCGUCGUCGACAACACCACCCACCUCCCCAACAAGCGCGACGCCGAGAUCCGGCGCACCCUCACCGCCGACGGCACCCUCCGGAAGAAGAGGGAGAUGGCGACGCAGCAGGGGAUCCAGGAGUCGUACUACAGGGACAUGGCGGUCAUGUUCGGCAAGUGGGAGUUCGACCCAAUGGCACUGCCGGAGCCGCCGUGCCCGGUGCACCUGUGGCAGGGCGACGAGGACGGCCUCGUGCCCGUCGCGCUGCAGCGGCACGUCGCCGGGAGGCUCGGCUGGGUCAACUACCACGAGCUCCCCGGCACCGGCCACUUCCUGUCCGCCGUCCCAGAGCUCGGAGACACCGUUCUCCGGACACUUUUCGGUUGAUGAUCCACCAAUACCAGAAAAGUAGUUAGCUUUAGUCGAUGAAGAAAAUUCGGAGAAAGAGUUGGCUUUUAGCUAGCUUGGCGUACGAGGCAAUCUGGCAAAGUGCAGUACAUUAUGUCUAUUUCUUGAUUAAUUAAUUUAUACAGCAUGUAGAUUUUGUAUUUCUUGUUCUUUUGUUUUCGUUUGUUUUGUAAUGAAAACUCUGAAAAUUCAGUUUAGAAACUGUCAA